UUGGCUUUCCCCAGAGCUACCAUGAGCAAGCGGAACCAGGUGUCGUACGUGCGGCCCGCGGAGCCGGCGUUUCUGGCCCGCUUCAAGGAGCGUGUCGGCUACAGAGAAGGGCCCACCGUAGAGACCAAGAGAAGAAAAUUCUUAAAAAUGUGUUUUUGCUCAGAGGAAGAACCAGCUCCAGCUGAUGGAAGAAUAAUGUAUCGAAAACCAGUCAAGCGUCCCUCAGAUGAAAAAUAUUCAGGUUUAACAGCAACCUCAAAAAAGAAGAAGAUAAAUGAAGAUGAAAUAAAUCAGGACUCAGUUAAAAAGAAUUCACAAAAGCAGAUCAAAAACAGUAGCCUCCUUUCUUUUGAUGAUGAAGAUGAAAAUGAGUAAGUAUAAACAUUUUGGACUUAGUCUUCUUGGAAAGUAUAUGGGUGUUUUUUGAAAUAAAAUUUUUUUCUGUUAUAAGGAAUUCAUUAUAGAAAAUUUAGAAAAUACAGAAAAAAUUUAAUAAACUACAUCUGUUCAUUAGUACCCCUCUGACUUAAAAUGUCAACUCUGUAAAAGUUAACUACUAUUACCAUUUGUUAUUUCUUGUGGGGUGUGUGUAUAUGUAAAUUAUAUUUUCUUAAAAUA